AAAACGUAUUUUGAGGUUAUUGAAAUAGUGCACGGUGUUUCGUUUGUAUGUAAACAUUGAAGAAUAUUUAAUAUUAUUUACUGGAUAAUACAUACGCAAAAUAAUAUAUUUAUAUUGUGGCAUAUAUAAUAGAAUAUUUAAAAAUUUAAUUUAAAAUCUGUAGGUACACUAAAAUAGAGACUGUAAGAUAAUUUGUAAGCUUCAGUUUUUGAAUUAUGGAUGCAGAUUUAUAUGACGAAUUUGGUAAUUAUAUUGGCCCUGAAUUAGAUAGCGAUGAUGAUGAAGAAGAAACUCAGGAACAGGAAGAUGAAGAUGAACAACAGGAAUAUGAUGAUGAACAAAUGGAAGAUGAAUCACAGCCUAUGGCUAUAGUUUUACAUGAAGAUAAACAGUAUUAUCCAUCAGCUCUGCAAGUCUAUGGACCUGAUGUUGAAACUAUAGUCCAAGAGGAGGACGCACAGGCUUUAGAUGUUCCUUUAAUAGAACCUGUUAAAAAGAAAAAGUUUCAGUUGAAAGAACAAGAUUUGCCAGAUACAGUUUACAGUAUGGAGUUUUUGGCAGAUAUGAUGGAUAAUACUUCUCUUAUAAGAAACGUUGCUCUAGUAGGACACCUUCAUCACGGCAAAACAUCAUUUGUUGAUUGUUUGAUAAGACAAACUCAUCCAAUAUACCAGGAUAAUGAAGAAAAGAAUCUUAGAUAUACAGAUAUUCUUUUUACAGAACAAGAAAGAGGUUGUUCAAUUAAAUCUAUUCCAGUUACUUUAUUACUUCAGGAUAUAAAAAAUAAAAGUUAUCUCAUGAAUAUAUUUGAUACUCCAGGUCAUGUAAAUUUUUCUGAUGAAGUAACAGCUGCAAUGAGACUGUGCGAUGGAGUUGUUCUAUUUGUAGAUGCUGCUGAAGGUGUAAUGUUAAAUACCGAAAGGCUUUUGAAGCAUGCCGUCCAAGAACAAUUGCAGAUUACCAUUUGCAUAAACAAAAUAGAUCGUCUUGUUAUGGAACUCAAGUUGCCUCCUCAAGAUGCUUACUAUAAGUUGAGGCACAUUGUUGAAGAAAUCAAUGGUCUUUUAACGUUAUACUCCGAUGAUGCUAAUCCCCAUAUAGUGUCACCUGUCUUGGGCAAUGUCUGUUUCGCCAGUUCACAGUAUGGCAUAUGCUUUACUUUGAAAUCUUUUGCUAACAUUUAUAAUUUGUACUAUGGAGAUGUAAAUAUUGAUGAAUUUUCCAAGAGAUUAUGGGGGGAUAUUUAUUUCAAUAGUAAGACGAGAAAGUUUACAAAGAAAGCCCCUCACAAUUCUGCUCAGCGAAGUUUUGUUGAGUUCAUUUUAGAACCUUUGUAUAAGAUAUUUGCGCAAGUGUUAGGUGAUGUAGAUAGUACAUUACCAGAAGUAUUAGAGGAACUGGGAAUAAAGUUGACCAAAAAUGAAAUGAAAUUAAAUAUAAGACCGCUAUUAAGACUCGUAUGUGGGAAGUUUUUGGGAGAUUUCAGUGGCUUUGUUAAUAUGUGCGUAGAACAUAUAAAAUCUCCUUUAGAUAAUGCAACGAAUAAAGCUAAUCAUAUUUACACUGGACCCAACACAACCAAAGUAUAUGAUGAUAUGGUAAAUUGUGAUCAAGAAGGAAUCUUAAUGGUACACAGUACUAAAAUGUAUCCAACUGAAGACUGCACAUUUUUCCAAGUUCUUGGCAGAGUAUUGAGUGGGACCUUACAUGCCGGCACUGACGUGAAAAUUUUAGGAGAAAAUUACACUGUACAAGAUGAAGAAGAUUCUAGAAUUUUGACUAUAGGAAGAUUGUGGAUAUAUGAAUCUAGAUACAAAGUCGAACUAAACAGGGUACCUGCAGGUAACUGGGUACUAAUCGAAGGUAUUGACCAAUCGAUUGUUAAAACUGCCACAAUUACUGACAUAACUGCAACAGAAGAAUUGUAUAUAUUUAGACCACUUAAAUUCAAUACCCAGAGUAUAAUUAAAAUAGCUGUAGAACCAGUUAAUCCAUCAGAACUUCCUAAAAUGUUGGACGGACUCCGAAAAGUUAAUAAAUCUUAUCCAUUAUUGACAACAAGAGUAGAAGAAAGUGGCGAGCACGUUGUGUUAGGAACAGGAGAGUUAUACUUGGAUUGUGUUAUGCAUGAUCUAAGAAAAAUGUAUUCCGAAAUUGAUAUUAAAGUUGCAGAUCCUGUAGUAGCUUUUUGCGAAACCGUAGUAGAAACAUCAAGUUUAAAAUGUUUUGCAGAAACUCCCAACAAGAAGAAUAAGCUAACGAUGAUAGCUGAACCUUUAGAAAAAGGACUAGCUGAAGAUAUAGAAAAUGAAAACGUACAAAUUGGUUGGAAUAAAAAGAAAUUGGGAGAGUUUUUCCAGACAAAGUAUGAUUGGGAUUUGCUGGCUGCAAGAAGUAUUUGGGCAUUUGGACCUGACACUACAGGACCCAACAUUCUUGUAGACGACACUCUUCCGUCUGAAGUCGAUAAAGGACUUCUCAGUUCUGUAAAAGAUUCGAUUGUGCAAGGUUUUCAAUGGGGAACAAGAGAGGGUCCUCUUUGCGAAGAACCAAUUCGGAAUACUAAAUUUAAGAUUCUCGAUGCUGUCAUAGCGAAUGAACCAUUACACAGAGGUGGAGGACAAAUUAUUCCUACAGCUAGAAGAGUAGUAUACUCUGCCUUCCUCAUGGCUACUCCUAGAUUGAUGGAACCUUAUUUGUUCGUCGAGGUACAAGCACCUGCUGAUUGUGUGUCAGCUGUUUAUACUGUUUUGGCUAAACGACGUGGUCAUGUUACUCAAGAUGCACCUGUACCUGGUUCUCCUCUCUACACAAUCAAAGCCUUUAUUCCUGCGAUUGACAGUUUUGGAUUCGAAACUGACUUAAGGACACAUACGCAGGGUCAAGCUUUCUGUUUGUCGGUAUUUCAUCAUUGGCAGAUCGUUCCUGGUGAUCCUUUGGACAAAACCAUUGUGAUCAGACCUCUUGAACCACAACCUGCCACCCACUUGGCUAGAGAAUUCAUGAUAAAAACGAGAAGGAGGAAGGGUCUUAGUCAGGACGUAUCGAUCAACAAAUUCUUCGACGAUCCUAUGUUGUUGGAGUUGGCCAGACAGGAUGUUAUGUUGAAUUAUCCUCUUUUGUAAAUAAUUUAAAAUUAAUUUUAAAUAAAAAUAGAACUUCUUUGUUAUAUAACAAAUUAGCGGUUUUUAUUUGAAAUUUUUCUGUAUAUAAGAAAAAGAAGCUGUAUUGCAAUAGUUGGAAACAUGA